UGAGUAAAUCCUGAACACAUCUGCCCGUUGCCUGUCUUCACUUCUUUCCAAGAAAUCACAACUUCUGCAUUAGGAUGUGAGGGUUGCUGAGUGGUUUGUGGAGGGAAGAGUUAGAGAGACACACAGAAGAAAAAACGAAAUCUGCUUGGCAAUCUGUGAGCAAGAGAACCCACAGAAGUCAGGACAGGUAGGAGAAGGUGAGCAGGUGCCAUGGCUUCAGAAAAAUUGGUGAAUUUACAGGAGGAGGUGACCUGCCCCAUUUGCCUGGAGCUUCUAACAGAACCCCUGACCCUUGACUGUGGCCACAGUUUCUGCCAAAUCUGUCUCACUGCAAACAGCAAGAAGUCAGUGGCUGGCCAAGAGGAGGAGAGAAAGUGCCCUGUGUGCAGAAUCAGUUAUGAAUCUGGGAAACUGCGGCCUAAUUGGCACCUGGCCAACAUAGUGCAGAGGGUCAGGGAGGUCAAACUGAGCCUGGAGGAUCAAGAGAAACAUCUCUGUGUGCACCAUGGAGAGAAACUCCUGCUCUUCUGUGAGGAGGACGGGAAGGUCAUUUGCUGGCUCUGUGAACGGACAAAGAAGCACCGUGGUCACUCUACAUUUCUCAUAGAGGAGGUUGCCCAGGAUUACCAGAACAAACUCCAGGCAGCUCUGAAGAGGCUGAAGCAGGAGCAGCAGGAAGCUAAGGCAUUGGAAUCUGACUUCAGAGAAGAGAUUGCUGCCUGGAAGAAUCAAACACAACAUGAGAGACAAAAUGUCGAGGCAGAGUUUAAAAAACUGAGAGCAAUCCUGGACAGUGAGGAGAGGAAGGAACUACAAAAGCUGAAGGCUGAGCAGACAGCUACUCUGUGUACCAUGGCAAACUCUGAGAAUGAGCUGGUCCAGCAGAGCCAGUUGGUGAGAAAUCUCAUCUCAGAUAUAGAGCAUCGUUUGCAGGGGUCAACAGUGCAAAUGCUACAGGAUGUAAAUGACAUCUUGAAAAGGAGUAAGACUUUGACUCUGGAGAAGCCAAAACCAGUUCCCAAAGAACAGAGAAGUGUGUUUCGAGCUCCUGAUCUGAGAGACAUACUGCGAGUGUUUAAUGAGCUGAGACAUGUGCAACGCUACUGGGUUCACAUGACCCUGAGUCGUACAACAGGUAAUCGAAAUAUUGCCAUUUCUGCUGAUGGAAGACAAGUGACAUAUGUGUUCAAAGGCCAAGGACAAAAUCCAUGUUGGAAAGAAGUUUAUGAAGACUAUGGUGUCCUGGGAUACCCAGUUAUCACAUCAGGGAGACAUUACUGGGAGGUAGAUGUAUCAAAAAAACGUGCCUGGAUCCUGGGGUUAUAUGGUGAAAAACAUGCUCAAUGUAACACAAAGUUACCGCUUAAAGCUGAUGGAAAUCAUCAAAAUGUUUACCCAAGAUACCAACCUAAAAAUGGCUACUGGGUCAUAGGGUUAAAUCAUGAUUCUGUAUAUAAUGCUUUUGAUGAGUCUUCCUCCUCAGAUCCCAUGAUCUUAACCCUCUCCCUGAGUGUUCCUCCUCGUCAUAUUGGGAUUUUCCUAGACUAUAAUGCUGGCACUCUCUUAUUUCUCAAUGUCACAAACCAUGGGUUCCUCAUCUAUGAAUUCUCUUCAUGUUCCUUUUCUAAAAAAACAUUUCCAUAUUUCAAUCCUUUGACCUGUAAAGUCCCCAUGAGUCUGUGCUCACCAAGCUCUUGAACCUUCUCACAUCCACCUCUCUGUAGUGCCUCUUACUAUGAGUGCAUCUAACACAUCUGAGCUUAUCUGCACCAUUCUUACCUUUUUUCCUCACUGCCUCCCCUUUUUUCCAUUCAAAUGUCCUUCGUUCAUCAAUAGGGUUUACAGGUUGCAUUGUGUCAUAUUUUCCACAAUAUCAUGUUUGCAUUAGGAGAAAAUCUGAAUUUACCAUUUUUCAUCCACCAAGGGAAAAUGACUGAUGCCCAAUAAAGAACGAGUAGUAUCAAGGCAGCACUUUUGACAAAUUUUCACAAUCUCAUUUCCUCUGCCACUGACUAAGAUGAUGAAGAAAAGCUACUCAAUAACUGUUGCAUAUUAUUGAGGACCUAUUGUAGGAGUCAUUCAUAAACAGAUGCAUCUUAAGCAGUGUCACUGUUUAACUAUCAUGUUUCUUAUUCAUCAAGAAAUUAAUUAGACAAUAUUAUAGAUCAUAUGUAGUAAGAGUGUAAGUUUUGUGUCCAGAGUAUCUGAGUUCAACUCCUUUCUCUUCAUAUUAUUAGCAGUGUAACCUAGAAUAACAUCUCUAAAAUCUGUCUUUAUUUUCUUAAAGUAAUCUUAUUUAAAAAGCUGCAUCAUACAUAAGAUCAUUGUCAGAAGAUACAUGCUAUCACAUAGAGAGCAUCUAAGUGUCUCAAUAAUAAACACUUUAUCUAUUAACUAAUGAAAAAUAUAACUUUUGUCUCAGUGUCUCAUUCAACAGAUUUGUGUCUUCAGGGACACAAGGGUUCCUUCUACUAAUAUCUAAAUUUUCAUAUCCUAGGUACCUCUUUGUUGCUGUUAAGACUACUCUAGCUUUUCUGUCAUAGAAAAGCAUGUACAUAUGUGUGUGUGAUCACAGUUAAAAUUUUAUUAUGAUUUUGGUGUUGCUACAUUCAGGCUCUUAUAAAAUAAACUAAAUUAUCUGGAAUCCAGUUCCUCACUUAUAAAAAAGAUUAUACAGAAUUUACAUAAUUACUAUUGUGAAUAUGAAAUCAUAAAAUCUUUGUAAUAAGUUCUGUAACUACUAGGACAGAAGUGGUAGUACAAUGUGUCAUGUGUUCAUUCUGAUUCCCUCUCACUGUGACUGAAAUAAAUCAUUUUCAGAAUACAUAUUGCUUUAUUUUCAACAUUAUUACGCUUCCAGUUUUAAGAAAUAAAUUAAUUAAAUAAAGAAUG